AUGGGGAUAGUGAUAAACGAAAACAAGACAAAAUAUGUAGUUAUGAAUAGGAAUACAACUGUAAAGGAUAAUCUAUGCAUCAAAGAACUCACUUUCAAGCAGGUAGGUGACUUGGGUAAGUACAUAGGAAUUAACAUAAACGAAAAAAAACAAAAAAGGAACGCCUCUAUUGUACGUACCUGAGACCCAUAGUAAUGUAUGCAUGCGAGACGUGGUCUAGCAUUCAAGGAGAUGAAGAAAGACUAGAGUUUUGAGAGGAAAAUACUCAGGAAAGUAUAUGGACUGGUGUAUAUAAUAUUGACUUAGGAAGUUUCCAAAGAAAAAAAAUUGAAAACUUGCAACAGCUGUACAGUAAGCAGAGACUAUGCCUUUUCUUAGCCAGAAAAAGGCUGGAAUGGGUGAAACACAUUUGGCGAACAGAGGGAUCACUCAUUAAGAAAGUCAUGGGAAAAAGACCAAGAGGUAGACCUCAGCAGAGAUGGUAUGAUAUAGUUAAGAAAACCAUGAAGGAAAUCAAUUCAUUACUGGAUAUGGAAGUGGCAUUGAACAGGGAAAGAUGGAAGUGGCAAUGGUUCUAA